CCUCUUAUCUCUGCAAUAAAACUACACUAAACUUGUUUUUUUUCCACUAGUUAGCGAGGUUUACAGUGCUUACUUGAAACAAUAUCUGCAAAUACGAGAUGUGCGUUUGAAGAAGAUGCAUUUUAACAAAAUUAAAAUGUUUGUCAUUUUGUGGUACAUCUUAUGUCAAUAUCUUUCCUACGGAUACAACAUCAACAGGGAAGAUGAAAAUCCCGUCAGGAUCUUUUCUGAAGAUAUUCGAGACAAAAUAGCCGAUAUGGAUGAUGUUAUUCGAAAACAGAGUCAGAGGAUUGAUGCAUUAGAUGACAAAGUGUUGGCUCAGGAACGAGAAAUCGAUCACAUGAAGAAAAUAUUUGAGGAUUUUAUGACCUUGUGUAAAUGUCCAGCAGACGCAGCUGCAACAGAUAAUGACUUUGCUAGUAGUGUUUCUGAUUUGUCUCCGGAAGUUAUACAUGAAAAUGAGAGAUUUCAUGGGUUUGAUCAUAAAGCACUAGAAAACUCAAAUCAGAAUAUGAACCAACACACUCAGAAAAGAAAUACUGAAACAGACCAUGUGGCAUUCUCUACUUUUCUAGGUCACUGGGUGCGCCUGGAUGUCGGCAGAAUCAUAAAAUGCAACCAGAUUCUGACAAAUGACGGAAAUGGAUAUAACAAGUUUACUGGUAUAUUUACUGUUCCGAUCACGGGUACAUAUUUCUUCACGUUCAGUGUAUGUUUACACCAUACAAAAGUCUCAGUUCGUCUGCUUCGAGAUGGGCAAAUUGUCAGUUCAAUGUCGGUAUAUGCUGGGGGAAGGAGCAGGAGUGCAAUGUCGUCUAACAGCGCUAUUACACAUGCAAAUGCUGGACAGGCGCUUUGGAUAGAGCUGUUUUAUUACACAAAUGUCACCUUGGUCAGUACCGACGAAUGGAGAUGUACCACGUUUAGCGGAUUUAAACUAUACUGAAACGCCUCGCACAUUAAUUGAAUCUACAUACAGACUAUGUACGGCAUUUUUAUGGCGUUUUGAAGUUUAACUGUAAAUAAAGACCUCAUAAAAAUUAAAUUUAUGGUGAACAUUUUUGUUUUGUUAUGAGUUAGAAAUAACUUGAAUAAACGUUCAGUACAUUAAGUACUUCCUUUAAGGUCUGUUUUGGCAGCAUUACCUCGAUGAUGUAUUGUAGUAUUCAUAGCCCUCUAAACUAAGGAGACUACCGCUCAUGAACCUUGUCGCGCUCAUGAACCUCACACUCGGAUUAGUUGUAUAGAUAGAUCCGGAAAGGAUAUCGAAUAUUAAAGUAGUUACAAAGUUAAAAGAUAAAUAAAUUUUCCAGUUUUUCCAUUGAUAAAAUAUUAACAUGACGCUGACGUAAUUUAGAAUGUUAACUUGGUUGGGUCAAACGUUGAACCUUUUUUAAAACCGCAGUUUCGGUGAAAUAACUAGAUAGUGCUUUAAAAGCUUUCAAUAAAAGAUUUAAAAAAAAACCCGCAUAGUUUAGAGAAGAAAAAUAGUCAAUACUGAUUUUAAUGAAUAGGUCUUUGAUUUAACAGAAGUUGUGAAAUAGAAUUUAAAAAAAAAAGAAAUUUAAUGGCAUGAGUUUGGUAUCGACUUCAACAACCGAUUGCAGCUUGUAAUUUAUGUAAAUGAGUUCCAUGAAUUUUGUAUGACGUGAAUUACAGCACAAGUUGUACGCGCACACGUGACAAUGGUCGCGUUUUAAAUCUCCAUACUGCUUAAACCAAUGAUGAUAUAUGAAUAUCAAAUAUUAGAGUAGAAGUUAUAAAGAAUAAAACAAUUGCCAUUUGUGGAUAAAGUCCUGGAGUAUAUUAAGAAAAAUCCUUCCGCAUAAUGUAAGUAUUGACGGCAAUGCUCGGAAAAAGUACUUUGAACCAGUCAAACUCCUCUGAGAAUUUGAUUUGCUAACUUGUCAGUCAGUGUUUUUCGUGUUUUAUAUCGGACAGAUCAACUCACUAGUUAGCAUUUUGUUUCACUUGAAGUCUAUUUUGCUUGUCCUCUUCUCAUCUUUGUUCCCCUAAAAAAACUGUGCAAAACAGUACAACACAAGAAAUGCUUUGAAAAUAAGUGUUGUCUCUGAUCACACUUGUAAAUGAAUAAAAUAAUUAAGAAAGAAAAUGGAAUCCAUUCUCGUUGUAUAAAUAUCAGAAAAUAGAAAGACGGGAUAUAGCAGUUUUAUAUGUUCAAUGUGCCGUAAAAUAUCGAUUACCGAAUAUAUUAAUAUCCGAACUUCGAGUUCCAUGAGCGGUAUUCACUCUCCUAGUAACAUAGAAGAAUAGUCAUUGGCAACUCAUUUUGUUAUGACGAUAAAUAUAUGUCAUAGGUCAUAAAAUAAGAAUUGUCAAAGGUCUAUAGUGUCAAUAUAAUUUAUAUAUUAUAUUCCAAUAUUUUAUGAUGCAUUCUCCUCUACGACCUAUACAUCCCAAUACAAUAAUCUAGUGACGGAUGCCGUACCAUACUAAUCCUAUAACGUCAUAUAACCCUUCCCGUGAACCCCUUUGUU